CGUCUGGGCUCUUUUAUUAUCUGUUUAAUUUCAGCUGGGGUACUGUAUGGUAAUCUCUAUACAGUAAUGUUAACCCAAAUGUUUCAAUUGCGCACCCUGUCGGCUGACGAUUGGGAGGCAUGGAGAGUUGUGCGCCUGGCAGCUCUUGCAAAUGCGCCUGAUGCCUUUGGUUCUAGAUUCAACGACUGGGUCGACGCUCCAGAGGCUCGAUGGCGUGGCAGACUCUCAAUACCAGAUGCAAUUGACCUCGUAGUACACGAGAUUAACGAAAACGGUGACGAGCGCGCGGUUGGAAUGGCAACGGGGGUCCCGACGGGGUACGGGGGGGCUGAGAUUAUCUCAAUGUGGGUAGAUCCUAGGUUUCGGGGCAGAGGACUCGCCUCUUCUCUUAUUGGAAAAAUUGUGAGCUGGGCCAUACAGUCUGGAUUCAGCGAACUUCGACUCGCAGUGCGACCGGACAAUGCCACCGCACAAUCAGUGUACCAACGCAACAGCUUCAGUGUAUCUGACGAGCCCGGCGAUGAGACUCCCGAUGGCAGGCGGGAAAUUAUAAUGCUUCGCAACCUUAAAAAUAACCAGGCUUCCAGCUGUCCAAAAGCAAUCAUCAAUUCUUAGAACUUAAUUUUAACAAGGGUGAAUACUGUUGGAUAUAGUAUCUGAAUUGGAU